AUGAGCUGCACCUUUGAAAACGAAGGACCUGUUCCCCGCGCUGCUGUCAGUGGUCGGGUGCCCGCAGAAAUUGCAUCUGCGGAGAGAAACGCCUUUGCCAGGGGCACGGCCUCUCCCAGGAGGCCUGCGUGCCAGGAGCUGCACACACAGGAGUGGUUUCCUCGCCUGAUGAGGGACCAGGAGACUGUCCUCAUCCCGUCGACGUGUGAGUACGAAGCUCUGUGGACUAGUCGCACAGAGGCCUACACCCAGCAAAGGUUUUGCAUGGAGGUGCCGAGCGCUACAGGUAACAGGGCUCUGCAGAUCGGCCCUCCCACCCUCACCCUUCGGGGCGCCCUCCCCGAACGCCCCCGACUGUCAGUCUGGGAGGCCUGCCCCUGCUUGAGCACGUCCCGAGGUUCGUCUCCGGCCGCGCUGCAGCCCGCGGUGCGGGAAGGUGGCUCCCACACGUGCAGGCGCGUGCAGCCCUGCCGGUGGGCUGCUCGGCCGCGCGGCUUAGCAGGUGCACCCGUCCGAACGUUCCCGAACCAGGGGGGUAGCUCUGGAAUUCGGAGGGCCCUAACCAGGCCACCGCCGGAGUCGGGAGCCAGGAGCAUCGACCUGAGCUCGGAAUUUGCAUUAGCAAGGACAACAACCCCAUUCCGUGUGCACGCGAUGUGGGAAGCCCUGCAAGCCGAGGUGCUUUUCCAGGCGCUUCGCCGUGCGGGGGUGGUAGCCCCGGGGCCCUGCAGCUGGGGCUGUUCUCGGAAAGCAGCCGCUGGGUCCCGCGCUGCGGACACGCGCGCCCUGCCUCGCUGGCUCCCUCGCAAAGCGCUGCGUGGCCGGCAGGGCCGGCACCUGCGCGCCCCCUCCGCCCUCGGGGCCAAUCCAGAAAGAACCUUUGACUUGGUAUUGAAAGUGAAAUGUCAUGCCUCCGAAAAUGAAGAUCCUGUGGUUUUGUGGAAAUUCCCAGAGGACUUUGGAGACCAGGAAGUACUACAGAGCGUGCCAAAGUUCUGUUUCCCCUUUGACGUUAAAAGGGUGACUCAAAACCAAGUUGGACAGCACUUUACCUUUGUACUGACAGACAUUGAAAGUAAACAGAGGUUUGGAUUUUGCAGACUCACCUCAGGAGGCAAAAUUUGUUUAUGCAUCCUUAGUUACCUGCCAUGGUUUGAAGUGUAUUACAAGCUUCUGAAUACUCUGGCAGAUUACUUGGCUAAGGAACUGGAAAAUGAUUUGAAUGAAACUCUCAAAUCACUCUAUAACCACCCAGUACCAAAGGCAAACACUCCUGUCAAUUUGAGUGUGAACCAAGAGAUAUUUAUUGCCAGUGAGCAAGUUGUGAAAGAUCAGCCCUCUCUGGUACCGCAUUCCUACUUCAUUGCCCCUGAUGUAACUGGACUCCCAACAAUACCUGAGAGUAGAAACCUCACGGAGUACUUCGUCGCGGUGGACGUGAGCAACAUGCUGCAGCUGUACGCCAGCAUGCUGCACGAGCGGCGCAUCCUCGUCACCUCCGGCAAACUGAGCACUUUAACCGCCUGUCUCCAUGGGUCGGCUGCUCUCCUGUACCCGAUGCACUGGCAACACAUAUACAUCCCCGUGCUGCCCCCCCACCUGCUGGACUACUGCUGUGCCCCAAUGCCAUACCUGAUUGGAAUACACUCCAGCCUCAUAGAGAGAGUGAAAAACAAAUCGUUGGACGAUGUGGUCAUGUUGAAUGUUGAUACAAACACUUUGGAAUCACCGUUUAACGACUUGUACAACCUGCCGAGUGACGUGGUCUCGGCCUUGAAAAAUAAACUGAAGAAGCAGUCCACAGCUACGGGCGAUGGAGUAGCUAGGGCCUUUCUUAGGGCGCAGGCUGCUUUGUUUGGAUCCUACAGAGAUGCAUUGAGAUACAAACCUGGUGAGCCUGUCACCUUCUGUGAGGAGAGUUUCGUCAAGCACCGCUCGAGUGUGAUGAAGCAGUUCUUGGAAACUGCAGUUAACCUCCAGCUCUUUAAGCAGUUUAUUGAUGGUCGACUGGCAAAACUAAAUGCAGGAAGAGGCUUCUCUGAUGCAUUUGAAGAAGAGAUCACUGCAGGGGGCUUCUGUGGAGGGAACCCGAGGUCCUAUCAGCAGUGGGUGCACACGGUCAAGAAAGGAGGUGCUCUGUUCAACACAGCAAUGACCAAAGCAACUCCUGCUGUGCGGACAGCAUAUAAAUUUGCAAAAAGUCAUGCAAAGCUGGGACUGAAGGAAGUGAGGAGUAGGUUAAAACACAAGGAAAAUGAGGAAGAUUAUGGGGCGUGCUCUGGCUCUGUGCAGUACACCCCAGUCUGCGUGCUACGUGGUGAAGAGGGAGGACGCGGAAAGCUCAAGCGCGCCCAGGCCCGCUUAAAAAGACCUCUUAGGAGCCUCGACAGUGCUCUGGACGACGAGGACGAGGAGGACAGUGAGCGAGCGAGCAAGUUGUCUUCUGAAGACGGGGAGGAAGCUUCUGCUUACCUUUAUGAGAGUGACGACUCCGUGGAAACCAGAGUGAAGACCCCGUGCUCGGGCGAGAUGGACCUGCUGGGCGAGAUCCUGGACACGCUGAGCACGCACAGCUCGGACCGGGGCGCGCUGGCGGCCGCAAAGAGCCUGGACUUCUUUAGAUCGAUGGAUGAUAUUGAUUACAAACCUACGAAUAAAUCCAACGCCCCCAGCGAGAACAACCUGGCCCUCCUGUGCGGAGGUUCUGGGGACCAGGCAGAGUGGAACCUGGGCCAGGACGACAGCGCCCUCCACGGCAGACACCUGCCCCCGUCGCCCAGGAAGCGGGUGUCCUCUGCUGGGCUGACCGACUCUCUGUUCAUCCUGAAGGAGGAAAACAGUGAGCGACAACUCAGUGCCGACGACGGGGGUGGCCCCCCUGGGACGGAAAAGGCAGCCGCAGCUUCGGGAUCGGAUUUCCAGCUCGCGGCCCCGGAAGUUUCCCAAACCGAUGAAGGAACGACAGAAGAGAAGGAAACACUAAGCCAGAUUUCAGAUGAUCUGCUCACACCCAGCCUGGGGCGCCACCCGUCUACCUUUGUUCCAUGGGAAAAAGAAGGGAAAGAAGCCAAAGAGACGCUGGAGGAUUCCGGACUGCUCCACGAAGUCGUGUCCUUGUGUCGUAUGGCGUCUGACUUCCAGCGGAGCUUGAACAUUUCAGAAGAAAACACACGUGGAAACCAAGCUUAAGUCUUGCACCCAGCUUCCAUGGAGACGUUCGGGGAUUCCACGUAAUCUGAAUAAUAAACAGAAUUAUUUGUAGGAAUGACAACUCUUACUACUAUUUAAUUUUUUUCAUUGGGAACGUAUAUUUCCCCCACUUGUUCAUUUCAUGGAUAUAUGUUAUCCGUUGAUUUUUAAAUAUAAAGCAGAUUAUUCUACUGUGCUCUUAAAUCAGGUACUAGUAUGUAUGUGUAUGUAUGUAUUGAACAUAUGAUUUCCUAGUAUUUGGUGCUUACUGCCAUUCGUUUUAUUUAAACUGAGUAUGCAGAUGUAGCCCAUGCACUUAACCAGUAGCUACUGCACCAAUCUGGUUGGGCAUGAACUGAUCAAGAUAUCAAAACUAGCCUGAAACUGAUGAAACUGUUAACCCACUAAUUGCCUUAAUCUUAAAGCUGUAUUAAGCAUACUUACAUAAUUUAUGAAAUUACAUGUAAAGUUUGA